GGACGACCAGCAACAACCGACGACGACGACAACUCCCCCGGACUUGGUCUCCAUCCGUCACAAUGGCGAUCAAGCACAACAACCAGAUCCAGAAGCACCACUUCCACAAGCACUGGCAGGAACGUGUGCGGGUGCACUUCGACCAGCCUGGCCGUAAGCACCGCCGUCGUGAGGCCCGUCUCGCAAAGGCUGCUGCUGUUGCUCCCCGUCCGGUUGACAAGCUGCGUCCGGUUGUUCACUGCCCCACUGUUAAAUACAACCGUCGUGUUCGCGCCGGCCGUGGUUUCACUCUCGCUGAGCUGAAGGAAGCUGGUAUCCCCAAGAAGCUCGCCCCUACCAUCGGUAUCGCCGUUGAUCACCGCCGUGUCAACUACUCCAAGGAGUCUCUCGUCGCCAAUGUUGCUCGUCUGAAGGACUACAAGGCUCGCCUCAUCCUCUUCCCCCGCAAGAGCGGCCAGUUCAAGAAGCUCGACUCGAGCGCUGAAGAGGUCAAGGCCGCCAAGGCCGCCUUCGCCGCUGAGGGCAAGACCGAGGGCUACGCCAUCAACGUUGACGCUACCUUCCCCAUCAAGAACGCUUCUCUCGAAGACGCCAUCUCCCACGUCAAGCGGGAUGAUCUGCCCAAGGGCGAAGAGGCUGCAUACCGGCGGUUGCGGGAAGCCCGUAGCGAGGCUCGCUAUGCUGGUAUCCGGGCGAAGAGGGCCAAGGUUAAGGCCGAGGAGGAAGAAGCUGCCAAGAAAUAAAUGUGAUGGUUGUUCUAGUCUAGCAAAUGAUGAUCUGGCCAAUUUUCAGGUGGGGAAAUUAUUUCUAUACGGUGGCAUGGCAUGGCGCCUCUUAUUCCUUUUUAUUUUUUUUCCUUAUCCUUAAAAGACCUUUUCCGAAUUCUCGAAAUGCAAAUGUCACUGUCUGAUGUCCCACGCGAACGCAUCGUCUCGCUCAGUUCUAAUGUCGAUGUCAAAUUGUAAUAGACAUGGGCCGUGCCCUUGUCGGUUGAAACGAGGUCUCGCAUGGAAAAUAUAUGCAGUACAAUGCCUAGUAGAGAAAGCCCGGGGAGAAUUUAAUAUAUAUCUCGGG